AUGGACCCAGUCACAAUUACCAUCAAUGGUAACGUGGUUCACCACGAUGCUCAACGUGAAGGCGGGGUUCAUUUCGCCCCGGAUGCAUCGCACACAGAUUAUCUUAUCCUGCAGUCUUUUUCUCCUUUGGAUGACUCACAGAGAGAACGUCUAAGUGCGCUUGGGGUUGGCGUUCAACAAGUCAUUUCAGGCAACACAUACUUUUGCAAAUACGAUCCGCACGAGCUGCAAGAACUCCGAUCCCUGCCGUUCCUCAACUUUGUGAACCCUUACCAUCCAGAUUAUGUGGUUGAAGAUGCGCUCAAAGCUGGUGGCUAUAGACCAUCGGACGAGGAGCGGCAUGAGGUGUAUAUUACGCCCCAUGAUGAUUGCGCCUCGCCUGAAGAUCUAAGGGCUCUUGCACAGAGCAUCGCUGAUCGCCUCAACGUGGAUGUUUCCGACUUUGUCCCACAGACUGGCUACCUGCGGGGAUGGCUGAAGCCAGAGGAUCUCGCCGUAGUAGCCAAGUUUGAUAAAGUCCGUUUCAUCAGUGAGGUCCAGGAAGACGUUGCCUUCAAUUGGAUUGCUCGAGGGGAUAUCAAUGUUGUGGAUCCUUCCGUGGCUGCAGUUAUGUUCCAAUCCAAGGCUCAAUAUGAGUGCGAGGGUGAAAUCGUGGCUGUGGCUGACCAAGGCUUUGACGACCAGCAUCCAGCUUUUACAUCCGUCGGCUCUACGGGCACUACCACCAGAGUCACCGCCAAAAGUUACCGACAGAAGGUCCCCGGUGGUGUUACGGAUGUGAAUGCCCAUGGAACCCACGUCGCAGGCAGUGUGGCGGGCAACUGGAACUCUCCAGGAGUACAAGCUCCUAUUAUGGGUACUGCUCCCAAGGCAAAGCUAUUCUGCCAAGUAUUGUUCGAGCAGGAUGGGACAAAAAUCAAGUAUCCAACAAAUGAAAGUCUUCAGACCAUUAUUAAAGAAGCGAAAGACCUAGGGGCCAGUGUGCAUACGAACUCCUGGGGCACCCCUUUGAGGACUGUUGGAUCUAGCUUGCAACAGAACGACUACACAAGGGAAUCAGUGGAUGUUGACCAGUCAGCAUGGGACAAUCGCGACCUCACUAUUCUGUUUGCCGCUGGAAAUCAUGGUCGUUAUGCAACACCUGGAGGGCAAAUUGGAGCUCAGGCAGCUUCCAAGAACUGCAUUACUGUUGGUGCCUGCGAACCGUCCCACCCCCUUGACUAUGACGCUUCUCGAACACCUGUCAGUCGAUUCAGCUUGGGCCAACCUCGAGGGAACACCAAUCGAAUGGGGUUCUUCAGUAGUGUUGGGCCAACAAAAAACACUCUGAGCACAGGAAAUAACAGCCGCAUCAAGCCAGACGUCGUCGCCCCUGGAGCAUGUAUCUAUUCUGCCAAGUCUAGACAAGCUACAAAAGUUGGAGAUGGAGCAGGCCAGCCAUUUAAUUACCUCGGAACGCCUCCUGAUAACACACCACCAAACGACCUAUUCGUCUUUCAGCAAGGCACUAGCAUGGCUACGCCGAUCGUGGCCGGCUGUUGUGCUGUGAUAGUCAAAGCACUACGUAUUGCAAACAUAACCAUCUCAUCAGCACUAGUCAAGGCUAUUUUGAUCAAUGGGACAACUGAUAUGACAACAACUAGAGUAACCCAACGCAUGAUAGGAAAGAGACCUUUAACUGUCCCGCCCGCUGUUCCAGAGAUAUUUCUCCCAGAAGCAGAAAUAGAUCUCUCAGCGACACCAUCGCCCCAGCAGGGCUUCGGCCGCAUAAAUCAAGCUAAAUCACUGCUGUGCAUUCCAGCCUAUGGUGGAUCCUACGGCGGAGUAUACCCUCUAAGCGGGCAGCCAGCGCUUGCACUUCAAAAACGUCAGGUGGAGGAGGUAUUAUCCAUCACCAUUCCUACCGCCCCCUCAACCGAUGGCACAACUCUUGGUACUCUGAUACCCAAAUUAACAGUUACCAUGUGCUAUACCGACGCGCCGAGCGUACAAAACUCCGGGGGGUUGGUGAAUAUAGUGGCUAUGAACGUAAAGGCAGGCGGUCAAGUCAGGUAUGGGAACAAGUCAGACACAGACACCCAGCCUGACAUAGUCAACAACGUUCAGAAGGUUGUAUGGACCGAUAUCCCGGUCGGAGACGCCAAGGUUUUCGUUAAAUGCAUUGCUUUGAAUUGGGGCCUUAAAGGCAGUGCACUGAAUGACCUAACAGGAGGACAAGACUUUGCUAUAGCUUGGUACUUGGAAUGGGUAGAUACAUCUGGUAACGCUGAGUACAGGGCAUUGAACAAUAGAUUAUAUUUCAUUGCGAUUCACAAGACGUUUCUUGGAUUGGUCCCAUAG